AUGGGCUGUUUCUCUUCUAAGCUUACUGACAGACACGCAGUCGGAUACGAGGAUCCUGUGGUUCUUGCUUCUCAAACAAAUUUCACGGUCAAUGACAUAGAAGCACUUUAUGAACUAUUUAAAAAAUUGAGUUGUUUGAUCAUUCCGGACGGGCUAAUCCAUCGGGAAGAAUUCCAGCUUGCCUUGUUCAGGAACAGCAACAGAAGAAAUCUGCUUGCAGACAGGGUAUUUGACUUGUUUGAUAUCAAACGAAAUGGGGCUAUUGAGUUUGGAGAAUUUGUUCGGUCGCUUAGCAUCUUUCACCCAAGUGCUCCACAAUCAGAGAAAAUUGAAUUUGCAUUUAAGCUAUAUGAUUUAAGGCAAAAUGGCUUCAUAGAACCCGAGGAGUUGAAGGAGAUGGUGUUGGCUAUUCUCAGUGAAUCAGAAUUGUCUCUUUCAGAUGAACUCGUCGAAGAAAUUGUCUAUAGGAGUUUCAAUCAGGCGGAUGCGAGAGGCGAUGGGAAGAUCGACCCAGAUGAAUGGAAGGAUUUUGUCAAAAGAAAUCCAUCUCUGCUCAGGAAUAUGACUCUUCCUUAUUUAUUGUGA